GAAUGUUUCAACAUGGCGGCACUCGGGUGUAAUGCGAUGGAAAGGAAUGAUUUGGUUGACAAUAAUGCUACAAAGAUAGCAUUAUCGUUGAAAAGGAACGGCCUAAGCAAUGGAUGUUAUUGUGAGGAAAAAUUGGACACACGGAACGCAUGUCGGAAUCAGCUCUUUGGGAAGCUUUUGAAAAUAAACGGGAGCGCUAAGUCGAACAAUAACAAUUGCUUCCCUCGACCGUCCGUUCCGAGCUUAAGAACACGUCGAGAAAGAAACUUAUCAGGACCAGAAUCAGAGAAAAGAAAGCGCAAGUCAUCUAGACAUGACUCCGGAGAUGCCAGAAUAGGUGACCCUCCAGAAAAUGGCUACCAUAUAACACUGGAAACCCCACCAACACCUAGUACCCCGGACUCCAUUGAGGUCGCCACCAUCAAUGAAAGCUACAAUGUCAGCAAAAACAAUAUAUUAUGCAACAGCAGUCCAGGGUGCAGCCCAGUGGCCAAAGCAGGGAACAUCACUCCAUCAAAAGAGCUCCAAUCAGGGGACAUCACUCCAUCGAAGGAGCUCCAGACCCAGGGACCAAUCGAAUGCCAGUGGAAGGAUUGUGAUAAAGUGCUCGAAAACGGUGAAAUCAUGGAACAUAUUUGCCUGUGCCAUGUGCAGACACAGAAGGGACGAGAAAAGUUUGUGUGUCUGUGGAAGGGAUGUAAAGUGUACAAUAAGCCGUCUAGUUCAAAAUGCUGGUUGGAUGGCCAUAUUUUGACACACAGUGGUGAUAAGCCUUUUCGGUGCAUUGUGGCCCGGUGUGGGCAGCGCUUUACUUCCCAGGGAGGCCUCGAGCGUCAUGUGAACAGUCAUUUUAAUGCUCAAGACCAGUCACCAAACAGUAAGCAAUCAAAACACGGCAGGGAAGACACACCAACAAAGCUUUUCAAGCGGAAACGAUUGAAACAGAAGCGGAAAGCUAUUAGAGUUAAAACGGAGGACUAUUUCGAUACGGGCUCAAUGGAACAACUGCAACAACAGCUGAACCUCAUGUCAGAGGCCACUCAGAUCGAUCUCAACGGUUCAAACAACACCGUGACAUUCCAUAGUUCUGUGAUUGCACGACGGAAGGAUGCUUCAGGGAAAGCUCAAUUUCUUUUACACUGGACACCCGAAGAUGUUAUACCAGACGAAUGGGUGUUCGAAUCUCAGGUGCCAUUUUUACACAUUCGAAGCAUUCCCAUAGGCCAGCUACCUCUCGAUUCCGUUGUGAGCCUUCAUCCAUCGCUCUACCAUCAACACAGACACAGAAAGCAUCGCAGGAAAUGACCAAAUGUCCAAGGGAUUCUCUCACCCUCCAUCAAGAGUUUUAAUCAUUAUAAUGUAAUUUAUGUGCUCAGUUGUCACAACAUUUUUAUAGUCAUUUUCAUUUGUAGUGCAUGUCAUUUAUCAUCAUUAAACCAAUUUCCUCAAGUCAUUUUGAUAUUUAUUUAGUUUAUAUCAUCAGUUGUCAUGAAAUGAUAUUUUUUCUGACCUUAUAGUCCUGGAACUUUCCAUCACAUCUUAUUUUUAAAUGUUAGUCAAGCCGGUAUUGUAUAAAAUGUAAACAAAAUUAUUUACGACGUACUAUUGUUUUUAAGCUAAAUCUCCUCUGUGUUUCUGUUGUAGCCUUGUUCAAAAACUUUAUAAUACUUUUUUUCUCAUUUUUUUAUUUCAUUUUGGGAUAGAUGUAUUUUUAGUUCAUCUGAGCACAUGGUGAGCUAUUAUGAUCACCUUUUGUCUGUUGUCCAUUGUCAACAUUUGCGUUGUUAACACUCUAGAGGCCAUAUUUAUUUCCGAUCUUCAUGAAACUUGGUCAGAAGAAUUGUCCCAAUGAUAUCUUGGACAAGUUUUGAAAAUGGUUCAGGUUGGUUGACUGCUAAAGGGCAAGGCAUUUUUCCUUGUGUAGCUAUAUUAAAACCUUGUUACCACUCUAGUUUUACAUGGUAAAGAUAAACAUCAGAAAACUAGCAUAAUUAUGUGUUGUUGCCUUUAGUUUUUAGACAAUAAAAUGUAUUUUAAUGUGAGUAUAAAUAAUAUGUAGGAUGUUGUUGAUAUUUUCAACUCGUUGAACUAAAUCAGGCUAAUUACUGACGUUCUAGUCAUUAUGAAAAUGUUUCCAUGUCAAUGUCAGGUAUCUCUGUUGUGUUGCCCGUUUAUCUCCUUCAUUGGUCUGCUUUUAUUGAACUCUAAGCUUUGCCCAUCUAUAAAUGAAACAUUUACACCACAUUUUAAGUGAAAUGUAAAAUUCCUAAAACUUCCUCUGUACAUAAAACUUAAUUUACAUUGAAUAUGAAAUGUUAAUUUCCUAAGUGCAAACUGUUAAAUGAGUAUUUGCAGUAAGUGUGGUCACUGAUUUACAUUCAACUUUGUUCCCAAAGGUCUUGCACUAAUAUUUUCUGUAGUGCAAGCCUUAUUGGCUUCUCUCCUAAUGGUAUCAUACAUGGUAUCACACAUCACUGUCACCACAGAUGUAUAAAACACCAUCUUUUGUUACUGGUCAAUUUAUGGUAACAUGUCAUGGGAAUAUUGGUCUUAUUCCAUAUGUGGACAGCACAGCUCCAGACCAGCCAGCACAUUAAGCUUUACUGUCAGCCUAUGACACCACAGAUCUUUUGGUGACUAAAUAGCAGGGAAGCUUCUUACCAACCUUCACUUAACCCUUUACCUCUAAGAUACGUAUUUUUACGCAUUUCAAGUCCCUUAGAAAGAAAGUUAUAUUUAAUUAAAGACCUUUCUUACUAAAUUCAAGUUUUAAGGGCUUCAUUUGCAACCCUAAGAUACUGAUGAGCAGCAAGCAGCAUAUAACUUGAACAGGCUGCAAGUUACUCGCAGGCUGUUCUGGUUUUAUGCUGUUUGCAUACAGCCAUUUUCACUUUGCCUCUGAGUGGGAAAGGCUUAAUAUGCAGGCUGUUCUUGAGCUAUGCUGAGCCCAUGUGGUGUCAGACACAUUUUUGCAGCUCAUCUGGUCCUUGUCAUUUAGUCAAUGUUAUUGGGUCUUAGCUUAUUGGCCUUUUCAUGGUUACAGAAUAGAUAUUUUGGAUGUUUUCGAAGGUCUACCCAGUGAAGACACACAUAUAGCUCACCAAUAUUAACUUGGCUCUGACCUUUAUACAGGAAUAGAUUACAGUACUGUUACAAGAAGUAAAUAAGUUUCCAUACUAGAAGCGAAUGCAAUAGGUCAAAUGUUAUCUUAACAAGUAUACUGUAAUGAUCUCAUUAAUCUCGUAGAAAAUGUGCAAGAAUAAAACCGGCUACAAAUAAAGUAAAUAAUCAAUUCAUGAAAUUAAUGCUUAUGAAGUUCACAAGUGCCAGUUCAAUGAUGUCGGGCUAUAUGUCAGUAAAGAGGUUCAUCAGAUAGAUUGGUACUUACGUCUUAAGGUGCAUGGAUGAUAAGUGAAUUUUAAGCAAGAUUUGUGGCAGAUUCUGGACAUAAUGUGAGAACAUGUAUCAUGUAUAAUCUUACUAUUAUUUCUGUAUAUAGGUAGGUAAAUAGACUUGACAUAAAAGGUAGCCUCCAUAAUGGCUAAAAUGUUCUGAAAUAAGGUAUGUUGCUGCAUAAUUUUGAUUGGAGUUUUCCCUUCUUUGGAAGUUAAACUGUUACACUGUCAACAAAUUAAAAGAAUAAUUUAUUUAUGAAAUUGUAUUUCUUUCUUUUUUCGAAGCAAGAAUGGCUACACUGAGUAAAAAGAUUAACUCAGAAUAGUAUCCAUUCUUUACAGGAAUCAUUAUGACCAUGUGUAGUACAAAUUGAUCUCCAUGUAUAUCUUAGGCAUAUUGUAUGGGUAUGAUAGUUUGCAAAAUUCACAAAGUAUUGGUUGUAAUUGAUUAACAGGGGUCCCCCAUUCAGUGAUAGAUGGGUCGAGUUUGAAUGCAGUGUUUUGAAGUGUUUUUAUUGUUUGCAUGAUUGAAACUUUGUUUUGUAAAUCAUGUGAUAACAAAGUCAAAAUAUGGAUGUACGUCUAGAUAAUGACUGCUUUUUUUCUAAAUGAACAUGUUAGUGGUUGUUAAUGUUGGUAUUUUCAAUGUCAUAUCCACUGUGCAAAACCAGAUUAAUACUGAUAAUUUGUCCACUGCAUUUCAAAUGGCUGUUAAUGAAUAAUAUGGUUUCGAUUAAACUAUCAUCUUAGUGUUUUGAUUUAUAAAUUGAUAUAAUGCAUUAAAUAAUUAUUUGAGAUCAUGUGAGACUACACAUUCAAAGUGAAACGCAAACAACAGCAUUAAUUGAUAAUUAUUCUACACAUUAAAUUGUUAGGUCCAAGUUAUGACAUACAUUACUAACAUUAGAUAAUGGGCCGUGCUCUGUGAAAAGGAAGUUGAAUGCAUGUGGGUAGUGUUGUCCCAGAUUAGCCUGGGCAGUCUGCACAGCCUAAUCAGGGACGACAUUUUCCGCUUAAAAUGUAUUUUUUUCAAAGAAGAGACUAUCUUUAAACAAACAAUACCAUAAAAGUGGAAAGUGUCGUCCCUGAUUAGCAUGUGCGGACUGCACAGGCUAAUCAGGGACGACACUUUACGCACAUGCAUUAAACCCCGUUUUCACAGAGCGAGGCUCAUGUUGUUUAUUUAUCCUUUAGAUUAUGUUACCUAUUGUAUAACUACAUUUAUAGUUCAAAAUACAUGCAUAUCUUCUUUGGUGUUUGCUGUUGAUUAUUUUAAAUGAGAGUAUUUAUGUAGUUAAAGCAUUUUGUUAAAUUUUUUUUGUCUUUUUUCUGGCCAAGCGUUAAAUUGUCACUGAUGGCUGCCCAUAUUUUGGCAAUUUUAUAGGCUGUAAACAUUUAGUGUACUGUAACCCUUGCCACGUUAUUAAGGGAUUCAUAAUUUUGAUUUGAAAUCCUUUUUUUAGUCUUCUUUGUGAUAAAUUUAUUGUUACAUGGUGUUUUUUGUGUACAUAUUUAUUUAAUUCUUCCACACUGGAUUGAUUAAAAAAAACUGUGUGUGGUUCAUACAUUACAAUUAUAUACAAUUUAAAAGUUACUCUUAUACUAAUAUUAACAGGCAUAUUCAAGCCAGAUGCUUGAAGAUCAAAAUUAUAUUGUAAAACCACCAAUUAACCAUGCAAAAACAAGUCUUAAACCUGAGAUCAGAGCAGUAAAAUAUAGCUUUUAUUUCAAUGGUAAAUAUUUUUAUGCUCCCCGAAAUUUCGGCUGAGCAUAUCGUUGCCAGUUUGUCCUUCCUUACUUCCGUCACACUUUUGUUACAGUUUCUCAAAGCACCUUCAAUACUUAACCGAUCUCUUUCAUAUUUGGCAUGUAGGUACCUUGCAUUGACCUCUACCUUUUGAUGAGGUUUGAGGUCACUGGGGUCAAGGUCACUGAGGCUAAUAAUAGAUUUUUCCGUCACUCUUUUGUUACAGUUUCUCAUAGCACCUUCAAUACUUAACUGAUCUCUUUCAUAUUUGGCAUGCAGGUUCCUUGGAUGGACCUCUACCUUUUAAUGAGGUUUGAGGUCACUGGGGUCAAGGUCAGGGUCACUGAGGCUGAUAAUAGAUUUUUCCGUCACUCUUUUGUUACAGUUUCUCAUAGCACCUUCAAUACUUAACCAAUCUCUUUCAUAUUUGGCAUGUAGGUACCUUGCAUGGACCUCUACCUUUUGAUGAGGUUUGAGGUCACUGGGGUCAAGGUCACUGAGGCUAAUAAUAUAUUUUUCCGGCACUCUUUUGUUUAAGGUGGUUAUUAACACAUUGAUUGCAAAGCGCAUCAUCGGGGAGCAUCCAUAAGUUUCACAUAUAUUCUUGUUAUAUCAUGUAAUAAUCGACUUAAUUUUCCUCAUUAAUCAACAAAGAAUUCUUUCACUUAGUUAAUGUUGCCUUAGUUUGGAUUUCCCUACGCAUCAGAGCAUAAAAUCAUUAUUUAUUGAAUAUAAAAACAAGUUAAAAUAUUGUAAUAAAAUAACAAAAAAAUGCCUUUUCCUUUUUAUCAUUGGCAGUAAUUUGUAAACAACUUUCAUGUAACAAAUACGAGGCUAAUGUACCACCUACAAUUUUUCAGUGUUGGUACCUGAACCACAGGUGUGAGAUUCUGUUGUCUUGAUAUUUGUUUAUAUGAAUAACGGUGUGUUUUUAUGUCUUUUGUUUGUUAAUUGGUUUAACGGUUUUGUUAGAUGUUGUAUUACAUUUAAGAAAUAAUUCAUUCAUAAUUUCACAUUUAAAUGGUAUUUAGUGAUGGGUAUUACAUUUAGGUGUAAUUCAUUGAUAUAUUUACAGAUAUAAUUAAUUGAUGGAUUUCCAGUUUGUAUAUAGUUCAUGGAUAUAUUUAAAAGUUGGGCCUAAUGUUUUGUUUUAUUUUGCAUUCACAUGUAAUUCAAAUGAUAACAAUGACUUGGUUGAUCCAAUUUUUAAAGUGGCAAACAAACAUGUCGGUAAUAAUUAAUUAUUUAUUAUGUUAUGGUUGUGAAAGAACAAAAUAUUUCAAUAAAAUUUAACAAACAAGAUAUUCAUUCAGACAGCCUUUACUUUGGAUGUCUGACCUAUUUUGUUGUGGGCGACCAUUAAAGCUAGAAAACACAAUUUGAGCUGUCAAAUAAUCCAUACACUGUUGGCUGACAAAACAAAAGGUUUUCUACUGCUGAUACAGCCCAAAAUUCAUAUUGAAUGUUUGGACAUUUGCUACUGUGUGCUGAAAGCUGACACCUACUGCCAUCACUGUCACAAGCCUUUACCCAUAUCCUCGCAUGUUCAGACGCCAUUACCUCUUGAAAAGAAUGAUUAUCAAAACUUCUUGUCACAAUCCAUUCAAUCAGUAUUGAUUAUGAAUGUACUGCUAUACGGAUUUAUGAUUAUAUAUUUGCCAACUCCGCUGCUGUUUGAGGUAAAAAUGAUACAAAGCCUUCCUCUUGGAAAAUGGGGCUUAAUGCAUGUAAUUAAAGUGAAGUCUGAGAUCACCUAUAGUGGUCUACACAGGCUAACAAGGGAGGAUACUUUCUGACAAAAUAAAAUUUUAUUAAGAAAAUACUUCAUUUAAACGAAGAAUUUCAUGAAAGCAGCAAGAGUUGUCCCUGAUAAGCCUGUGCAGACGUACAUUCAUUAAGCCCCGUUUUCCUAGGGCACAGCUCACAUUCAUUAUACUGUACUCAACAUCAAAUUAUAACAGCGGACAUUUUAGAUAUAAUUAUGUUAAAUCGAUAUAAAUUACCAGCAUUUUUUCACCAUUUGACCACUUAGAAAAGGGCAGCUUACUCUACCGGUAUAAAGAAUGUGAAACCAUGUCUACAUAUGUUAUUUAAGACGUUUUCUGUGUUGUGAAAAUGUUUAAACUUGUAUUUUUAUGAAAUUCUUAGCAAUUUUUUAUUAAAUUGUCUUGUUUUCUGACAAUUUUUGUAAAGUUGUUUAAAGCCAUUUGUGUAACUUUCUCUUAACAACGUAGUAAAAGUUGUUUUCUAGACAAGAAGAAAAUCAUAUUCAGAACUGCAUCAGAAGGUCCAAAGCAUAUUAAGAAGAUUGUUUAAUUAUGUUAUUUCCAGUGCUGCAAGAUUUUUCACAUAAAUUUAUGAUGAUUGUUCAGGAGUAAAUGCAAUUUUUAUUCUUUGCUGUAUUAAAGCUAUUAUAGAUCUUAUUCAAAUGUGUAAUUAUGUAAAAUACUUGUAGUAAUUGUGAAUUUGUCUGCUGUUAAAUGUUUAUUUAAAAUCUUGAUAUAGUAAUUGUCCUAUUUCAUGUGCAUUUGUAAAUGAACCGUCAUCGGUAUGUGCUUGUAUAAAUGUGUAUACUUUCCUGUUUGGAUCGAGUUUUAUUUAUAAGAUUGAAAUGUUGGCUGUGCUAUGUGAAAAGGGGGUUUAAGGCUUCUGCGUAAAGUGUUGUCCCAGAUUAGCCUUUGCAGCUGGCACAGGGACGACACUUUCCACUUUUAUAUUUUUCGAUGAAAGAAAAUCUCUUCUAAGGAAAAAAUGUAGUUUAGGCGGAAAGUGUUGUCAAUGAAUAGCCUGUGCAGACUGCACAGGCUAAUCUGGGACAACACUUUAUGCACAUGCAUUAAACCCACUUUUCUCAGAGCACAGCUCAUGUUUUCUUGGAUGCAUAUUCUGUACAUAGGGUUAAUACAUGUUGUAUGAUUAGUCCAUCCAUCCCUCAACAAAUCUAACCUGUGUUGUAUAAGACUGUUAUUGACAAACCAAACAAAUAUGAUACUUACUUGUAUGUAAAAUGUACAGAAUUGGAUGUAACAACUAGGUUACUGCUUAGAGUUAAAAUACAUUUUUGUCCUGUGACUAAUUUAAUCUUCCGAUAUGAAAAAAAAUGUAUAAGUUGAGUUCAUGUAGUCAAAGAUGGAGCCACUAAGUUAUUUUGGUAGUAGUAUUUUGGUAAUCCCCCCUUCCCCUCCCUUUGAAAUGUAUAUUUGAUAUUAGCUGCGUAAUGCAAAAAAGGGUCUUACAUCAUUUUUAGCCAGUGUAGCUAUUCUGUCCACUAUAAAGACACACAAGGCUCCAUGGCUUCAUAUGGCAUAAGACUCAUUUUCAUAUGAUGCUGGCCGUAUUAAAUAUUAUAGUACAUGAUUGUUUUGGUUAAUGUUGUCAUCUUAAAUACGUGUAUGCUAUGCUAAUUUUGUGUGUGGAAUAUAAUGCACUUUGUCACAUCUUUAUUAAUUUUGGCAAUUUGUUACUUGCUUAAACAAUAUAUGAAUUUGUUGCUAAUUCUGUUAUAUUUUGAUAUUUAUUCUUCUUCUGCUAAGAUGUUUUACCCCUUGAUGUUUAAUGUAUAUUUGUUAGUUCAUUUGGCUUUGUAAUAUCUGCAGUAUUUAACUCUGAUGUAUAAUCACCCGUAAAACGGUGGCCAAUGUAUGUAAUUAUAUUUUUGUCAUGAAAGAGAUACUUGUAUAUUUAUUUAUAAGAAUUAUUACAUUGGCUAAUUUGUUCAGGAUUCCAAAAUUAUCUCUUUACCUCAGUGAUUCACCAUAAUUAACAAAACCUUUUUUGCAAACUCUAAAUUUUGUCUAUAUAGGCCGUUGUAAGUUUGAUUGGGCAUCUGUUUGUAUGGCUGAAGAUUGUCAAAGUGCCUAGCAACUUGUUGUUUAAAGAGGCAUGAAAUGCAUGUAAUAUGCGUGCACAAUUAACAUGUACAUGAAUAUAUGCAUCAUGCUGUAGCAAAUGUGUCCCCAUAUUUCAAAUAGUCAUGUAAACAUAGUGGUCAUCGUCCAUAUUUAUUAACUCUCUUAACAUGUGAGAUUUGUGGACUUCUUUACAGAUGCCGUCGAUCUGUUCUUUAGAUAGUUUUGUACAAACUUACAAAAAUGAAUAAAAAUGAGAAGGACCAA